AUGGAGAUGUUCAAAUCCAUUGUCUCGAAAGUCGACGUACCAGAUCAUAUUGCCGUGGAGUCGUUGAUGAACACCCUCCACAUUAAAUCACCAUUUUGGGCCGAUCUUUACCGACACCCGACGAGAUCAGUACCAGAUUCCAACGCUCGAUCCAAUAACUUCAUUCGAAUGGAGGAGGAUACUAGGGCCAAGGCGGCCAAAGAAGCUGCAGGGAAACAGACUCCCGCCCGGACGAACGACGCUCGUCAAGAAAUUCCGCCGGUACCAACGGACUUGCGCGAUAAAUUGGGCAGAAAAACAGAUUCCAAGGACUUACGCACAUUUCUGAAGCGGAAGGCUGAAAUGGUACAAAAGAGCGAGGCAGACCUCAGGACGUCCCUCGACAAGUCUAAAGCAAGAAAGACUACCCGCACCGGAGCUGCUCUACACCUUCAACCUCAGCCCGUAGAUUUACGUGAGAAGAUCAACUCCAAAGCCGAAGACUUGCGCGCCAAGCUUAGUCAGCCCAAGCAACAUGAUUUGCGACCGUGCCUCGAAGCGAAACGACAAGCGCAACGGGAAUUGAUGAAGGUUACGAACACCCCGCACCUCAACGUCAUAAUGGGUGGUUCACCUCCUUGCGGGGACUCGGUAAGAGCAGUUAAAGAUUACAGGCGACAAGCCAUCACCGCCCAAAAGUGGCCUUCGCAAGUCGAAGCAGACCAUCAAAUCUCUUUCUCGGUGGCCGACACUCACGGCAUCAGCAUGCCGCAUAACGACCCACUCCUAAUCGAUAUCGGAAUUGACGAAUGCCAGGUCACGAAGGUUCUCGUCGACACAUGCAGCUCAGUCGACCUUAUCUUUCGGGACAUGCUCGACAAGAUGGGAGUCGACCUGCACGACAUGAAGCCCUCCUCACGCAUUCUCACGGGAUUCAAUGGCUCCUCGGAACAGAUGGUUGGGACAAUUUGUCUCCCAGUUUACGCAGAUGAUGUGACCCGCACUGUUAAGUUCUCUGUUAUCCGGGCUAGGGCACCCUACAACGCAAUCCUCGGUACGCCUUGGUUACACUCCGUGAAAGCCUUUCCCUCCACCUAUCACCAAUGCGUUAAGUUCCCUGGGAAAGAUGGAACGACGCAGACGAUCCGCGGGGACCAACGGGCCGCGAGAGAGAUACUUAUCGCCGCGGUCAAGCUACAACAAUCACCUUCCCUCGUUAACGCAGUCACCAAACCAAUACAUAAGAUCUACCCUCAGAAGGAAGAAAUCCAUGAGGUUCCCAUCGAUGGAGCUGACCCAUCGAAGGUCGUGCGCAUUGGCGCUUAUCUCUCCGACGAUCUGCAGUCAUUAAUCAUUUCUUUCCUCAAAGAGAAUGCCUCAACCUUUGCAUGGGUAACUUCUGAUAUGAAGGGUAUAGACCCCGCAAUAACAUCUCACGAAUUAAACGUCGAUCCGACGUUCAAGCCUAUUCGACAGAAGAGGCGGAAGCUCGGACCUGAACGGUCCAAAGCAGUAAAUGAGGAAGUUGACAGGUUGCUCGACGCAGGUUUCAUCGCCGAAGUACGGUACCUGGAGUGGCUAGCAAACCCCGUCUUCGUUAAAAAGAAAAAUGGGAAAUGGUGCAUUUGUGUUGACUUCACGGAUUUGAACAAAGCAUGUCCAAAAGACAGUUACCCUCUCCCGCAUAUCGACCGUCUGGUGGAGUCGACUUCCGGCAACGAGCUCCUAACAUUUAUGGACGCUUUUUCCGGAUACAAUCAAAUCAUGAUGCAUACGGACGAUCGCGAGAAAACGGCGUUCAUAACGGACAGUGGGACGUAUUGCUACAAGAUCAUGCCUUUCGGCUUAAAGAACGCAUGA